AUGAGAGUAGUUCAGUCCCCUUGUAGCACAAUAUAUUUUCACUAUAAUCAGAAGUUGGCAGCACUCGACUUGGUUACACCAAAUUCUUUUGACAACAACUACUUUAAGAAUUUAAUUCAAAAGAAGGGUCUUCUACAAUAUGACCAAGUUCUUUUCAGCGGAGGAUCUACGAAUUCUAUUAUUUCUCAAUACAGCCAAAAUCCUACAUCUUUCAAAUCCGACUUUGCAACUGCUAUGAUAAAGAUGGGAGAUAUUCAACCAUUAACUGGAUCCGCCGGAAUCAUUAGAAGUAUCUGCAAUGCUGCCAACUAA